AAAAUCAAAUCAAAAAAAUCAUGUCCGAUGAUAGUGAUGCAUUUGCUAGUGCCGAUGAAAGUUUACCUGUUAACAUCAAAGUAAACGAACCAGUGAAAAUGCAACUACAGUCUAAUCUCAACGAGAAUGUCAAUGAUAAUAAUAACAAUAAUAAUAAUAAUAGUUGUACUAAUUCAGAUAUUCCACCUCAACGAUCAACUAAUAAUACAACAUCAAAAUUACACAAAAAAUCAAAUGUAGUUGAGUCAAAAAAGAAAAAAGUUAAACAGAAAAAGGCACAAUCUAUGCCUAAAACAUUUGAGAAA